AUGUUUGGACUCGGCAUUCUCCAAGCCGAUGACAAGCCAUGGCCGAUUGAUGACCUGGCGGCACCAGCCAAGGAAAACACGAUUAGAUAUUAUCUCGGUAUCCCAACGCGUAAUGGGUCGUUUUCCACCACGUCUCGAGAUGAAUUCGCCGAAUUAUUGCCACAGGCUAUUGAAAACACUCCAGAGAGCGACACCGCCGGCCGUCUCGAGUUCCUUGCCACUUUUUGCCGCGCUUACCCAGAGGAGAGUGGUCGAUCGAUCAUAGGAGAGAGGGGUGUCCGUUUGGUUGGUUAUGUCAAACAGGCCAUCGCAUGGACCGGGGAGUCUCAUCCCCUCUAUCCAGAAUUGUUGGUCAUGCUGGCGACGCUGCUCGUUUGUAGAUUUGACGAUUCCUCGGCGACGGCUGCUAACGCGGAGGAAGCAUGGCAACUCAAGCUGAAUGCGGUGCCUGACUUAGAAGAAGCAUUGGAAUUAAGAGAGAAGGCUUUGGCAAUGACGGCAAGACAUGAUGCCAAAUGGAUCUCACGAUUGAAUGAGAUCACGGAUCUUCUUUUGACAAAGGCUCAAGCGACUCAAGUGGACGAGGAUUUGCGUGCGGUUGAGAGCAAUGCUCGAAAAGUUGCCGACAUGGUUCCUGAGGGUCAUCCACAGAAAAUGACAGUCCUAUGGGAACUCGGGGGAGUCCUGGACUAUCUGUCUGAAAUGGAUAUCUCUUCAGAGUCUUAUUAUGAAGAGUCUACGAAAGUGCGGCUCUGUGCGCUGUCCUUGGCGAAGGGCGACGCACUGGAACCGGCAUGGGCAACUACGGUGCAGAACAGACUUAUAAGGCGGUAUCAGAAGACUGGCCGAAUCUCAUAUCUAGACGAGGCAAUCAGCUUUGCGCAAGAAUGCAGCGCGGAUUUUGACAGCGAAACCGCUCCACUAUAUGAGAUUGGGGAGCUAUUCAUGACAAGAUAUCUACGAACAGGGGCAAUGUCCGACUUGGACGAGUCGAUCCGGAGAAUGGAACGCGCAGUGCAACGUGGAGAAGGCCUCGAUGAUAUACGCACUGAAUGGGCAAACAGUCUUGCAGCUGGAUAUGGAUACAGAUACUCAAUAACACGCGUCGAAUCUGAUAUCCGGAGAUCUAUCCAUCUACUUCGAGAUAUCCAAGAGUCGAUUUCGCGGCGGCAGAGCGCGCAGUAUGAAUUCGAUGAAAGUUUGCGAAAUCAGGACGAUUGCGCGCUUCAACUCGCCAAGCAACUCGAGAGCAGAUUUCAAGUAUCGAAAUCGAUGAGAUACCUUAACGAAGCUAUUGAGAUUGAUAAGAACGUGAUUCGCCAGGUUAAGCUUAGAAAGUAUGGUUGGAUGAAGGAUAAACAACCUUUUUUUACUCAAUAUGCGAUCAGAUUACUGAAGAGGUACCGCGUUCAAAAGAAAGCAGCAGAUCUCACAAAUGCUGAGAGAUUAUGCCACCACGCGGUGAAGGCAGAACCAAAUGGCGUAAAUCUAUCUUUUGCGCUUUGUGCGCUUGGGGAUGUGUUUUACCAGCGUUAUCUCGACGGGAAGUCGCCCGAUUCCCUAAGAACUGCCAGCUCGGCGUACAGAGAUGGCUUUUCCAAAAAGAACGCCUCUCCACAGCACCGCAUCCAAUGUGGAAUGGGACGUUUAAAAACUCUGUGUCUCAUGGGAAGAUGGGAAGAUGGAUACGAAGCUUCCAACAAAACCCUCACGUUAGUCCAGCAGAUGAUAGCACGAUCACUCGAAAAUGCAGAGAAGCAGUACUUGUUGGGUCAAUGUGUUGGCUUUGCUUCUGACACAGCAUCUGUGGCAGUAAAAGCUGGCAAAGGGCCUGAGAUUGCCCUGCAGUUUCUGGAGCAAGGCCGCGGGUUGCUUGCUUCUUCAAUAGAGGAUUCGCGAAUCGACGUCACCUCCAUUAAAACGAGCUACCCGGAUUUGGCUGAGAAGUUUACCAGUAUCCGCGAACAGCUUCAAGAGUCAGCGACUACAAGAAUCGAUCCUAAAACAAGAAAUGAUUUUACGAACCACGAAGAAGCUCGGUCAGUCCAGCGCCACAAACUCGGUGAAGAUCUUGAUCGGCUCGUCGAUGAAAUUCGAACGAAGCCAGGAUUUGAAACUUUUCUCGCGGCACCGACAGUAUCAGAAAUGCAAGCAGCAGCUACCGAUGGUGCCAUUGUUGUACUCAAUGUGAGUAAUUACCGCUCUGAUGCAAUUAUCGUUGAGAAGAAUCAAGUUCAUGCUCUGGCACUGCCGAUGUUGAGCAAGGAGGAAGUGGUGGAGAGAGUCAGGGGCGGCACUGCAGCAUUGGCCAGUACCGAGACACUUGAGUGGCUGUGGGAAACUGUUGCAUCGCCGAUUCUUGACUCUCUUGGAUAUACACGCUCGCCUGUGCAGGAUGAAUCGCAAUGGCCUCGCAUCCGGUGGGUUGCAACUGGCAUAAUGAGCAGCUUCCCAAUCCAUGCCGCUGGCUGGCAUGCAGCAUCGCCAGAGCUCGGACAUACGGUGCUGGACAGAGUCAUUUCCUCGUAUAGCUCAUCGAUCAAAGCGAUCAUUCAUUCCCAAAGACGCCCAGCUUUCAAUUACCAGAAAUUCGGGGACCAGUCCCAAGCGCUUCUUGUCGCCGUACCGCAGGCCCCGGGAUGUUCAAACCUUCCUUCUGCAGCAAAGGAGCAUGAGGUGCUACAAAAAUUGUUCAACACAAUUAACUGGAAAGUCCACGCAGCAGAGAAUACCAAGGAAGGGGUCAUGUCUCGUCUCCGCUCAUCGCAGGUCUUUCAUUUUGCUGGCCAUGGCACUAUCGACCCACUCAACCCCUCGAGAAGUUUCUUGUUCCUUGAGGAUUGGAAGAAAGACCCAUUCACCGUAGCGGAACUACUGGAGCUUAACCUUCAACAGGGUAUGCCAUUCCUCGCAUAUCUCUCGGCUUGCCGAACUGGCCAAAUACGAGAUGAAGAGUCCCUUGACGAGAGCGUUCAUUUGAUCAGUGCCUUCCAGCUGGCAGGAUUCCGGCACGUCAUUGGCACACUUUGGGAGGUGAACGACGACAUAUGUGUGGACAUGGCAAACUAUGCUUACCAGACCAUGUGGAAAGGACAGUUCACGGAUAGGGUUGCACACAGCGAUGAGAAGCUUCGGGAUGAAUGGCGAAACCGCUUGGCAUCAUCAGGUCAAAGAGAGAAGGUGAGGGUGAACAGCAAAUUGUUAAACAGUGCCGGAUCAGAAAUGAACCUUAGCCAGGGUAGUAAGGAAGGCAGGGAUAUGCUUAGUUGUGAUGAGGAGACGCCCUUUUGGGUGCCUUUCGUUCAUUUUGGAGUAUAA